AUCUUGGGCGGAAAAUUGUUCGCACCGUUUAACUAGUGUACGAUUUCUAGCAAAAUUUCCUAGAAAUAAACCGAUUUCUGUACGGAAAGUUUAUUCAAACGAAGAGUCCCAAAGCCCAGCACCGAAAAUGACUGAAGCAACGCCGGAUGAUAUGUGGACUCCGUUCAAGCAUCUGUUCAACAGCAUCGAAGCUUUUCUGGCCCCGCCAUCUGGGUCGGGAACGGAACAAAGUGUGGCCAAUCUGGAUGCGUUGCUGCGGAAGCACAAGCAGAAUUUCACCACCCUGUUGAAAAACCCUCCCAAGAAUGGGAAAAGCCGGGAAGCUAUAAGGCAGGGAAUUACCGAGGGAAUCACGCUGCCCGAAUUCGGUCAUACUAUCCUUUCGAAGGAUUUAGUUGACGAAAGCGUAAUCAUUUCGGAUAUGUACGAUUUGAAUGAGUACAUAGCGCUGGAGCUGCUCUGUACGGCCCAGCAGCAGAUGCCGAACCACCCGGGAUUGCCGCGCGGUUUGGUCGCGGUGUUGUUGUAUUAUGACGGGAGGAAGUCGCUUGUGGCCAGCUUAAAAGAGCUUUUCCAGGCGCGAACCGGUGUCAGCUGGUGCACUGAUGCCCCACAGGAAAUAACCCAGCUUAUAACCACUUACACGGAUGGUCUGGUCGCCGAUGGAUUGCUUGACAAGAUCGUCGAUCUAUUGGGGGAACUGGACAUCACCAAGGAGCUGGAUGUGUUGACGAACAAUCGAGCACUUGGGCCACCGAAACAUCAUCGGCAAGUGUUGGACUUGUUCGAGGAAAUUCGGCUGAUGUUGGCCUACUGUUUGUUCAACUGGGCCGCUCAAAGUGGACUGCCACGGGGGACAACUGUAAAGUUGAUUCGGCAUCUAGCUCGUUACAAAUCGACGGUUUCUUCCGGUGGGAUCGACAAUGUCACGAUGGCCCUACAGAUGGCACUGAUGUACGGACUGGAUAUGAGUGUAAUUCAGAGGCGAGAAGAUGGGGAGGAAGUCGUUAAGAAACUGCCAAUGGUCAAGGAUGUCGAUUUCAUCGAGAGCGUUAUGGAAGCUUUGUCAAGCAGCUGGGAAUGUGAAGGGCUGAGAUCGGUGUCGCUUUUCACCUUUGGACUGGCAAUUGCGACGUUGAGAUUGGCUCCGCAAAAUUUAUACACGAACACUGCCAGAAUUAUAGAUCAGGAUGAGCUGCUAGUUGAUGCGGCCAUUCAAGGACGUGUGUUUGAUUUCAUUCACUAUACAUUGCUGGAAAAUGAAGUUAUUUUUCGAACUGAAUUUUACUACAGGAGAAUGCACGUUAUAUUCACGGAUUUCAUCGAGCUGAUGCAUUCGAAGGUUACGGAACUACGAGCUAGAGCAGAUGAGACGGCCCGAACGGUUCAAGCUUUCCAACAACAAGGGCUGGAUCCACCUGCAAAUUUGUGCCGGAACUUCGAAGCUUUAUUGCUUUCGGUUGGAAAACUGUAUCAAAAUGAUCAGUUAAAUCUGAACUUGUCAUUAGAGUAUUGGGGUCCAAUGGAAGUAGCUGCCAACUAUCAGAGAGCGUCGUCUCGUUCUGUUUGCCUGUUCAAAUUCAUCCGCUUAGCCGGUGAAUUGUUGCCACCGAUUCUGUUCAUUCCAUAUUUGAAAAUGUUAGCUGGUCUUUCAAGCUCUCCACAAUCUGCUAGAAACGCAUUCAAUUUGCUGAAACAAGGUGGUGGAGGAACAGCUGGGGGGGCUUCGGCCACAAUUUCAUGGGACCAUUUCUUCAAUUCACUGUUCCGCUACUAUCAGAAUCUGAGACAAGAGCAAAACCCCGGCAGCGAAACAGUUUACCGCAACAGAGCCCUCAGCAGAAACAUAAACCCACAGGAAAUAGCCGGUUUACAAGCCGUUCUUCAAGUGAUUCGAGCUGUAGCCAAUCAUGACGAAGUUGCACGAGUUGCACUUUGCGAACAUCCAAAUUGGGCACCUCUUCAUGUUCUUAUCGGACUUAUCAGUUGCUCGGUUGUGAUCCCACUCAAAGCAGAACUAGUUCAAACACUUGCAGCGUUAGGAAAAAGCAAAGAGACUGCACUUCAGCUUUGGAACAACCUUGAAGCUUCUCAAAUAAUCACCACCAUCCCAACGACCAGCAGCUUCGGUAAUCGUGGAAUAGAAUCCGAACUGGAGGAAAUCGAAUCAAGAAACGAAACCUACCCACUGACCCUGGGAAUGCUGGAUCUCCUCUACACCCUGUGCGAAACAGGAAUCCCGAAAGGUCUAGGCGCAGGACCCCGUAAACCCGGCCUAGAUCCCUACAUAACUUUCAUCAUCGAUGCCGUCUUCCUACGCUUCUACAAUCGUAACUAUAAAAACCCCGCCGAAAAAUGGCAAAUAGCUGAAAAAUCUCUGAAACUUUUGCACGCUUUUGUCAAAACCUACACUCCGGUCGCAGCAGAUUUCCCCUCUCCCAACACUCAUCGUGAAGAAAACUCUCCACCCGGUUUCCACAUCCUGCUACAAGUCAACACCAAAUCCGACUUCCUUCGGCUACUUCUGCACAUCAUCGACGAAGCCUGCUCCCUCUUUGACACCUUCACACCAUUCCCCGGACGCAAAAAUCUCGAGAAGACUUCCCUAUAUGCGCUACAGAUCCUGUACCGGGCUCUCGAAACACAGGAAGAUUUCUUCAAUGCCCACUUUUCCUCGAACUGCUCCAUUUUGCUAGCCGGUAUCAAUAAACUCCUAUUAGGCAUGAAUCCUCGCAGCGGCAAAGCGGACCACAUGCUUAACAUCAUCCGCUACGUCACCUACAAUUCGUUUCUUCCUGAGAACGCUCUGGUUUCCAUAAAAAUUCUCACUUCCAUUAUGCGUCAACCGAACGUGAAUCAGCAAAUCCUAGGGCUGCUGACCCAAAAUGAGCGCACCAAAAAUGAAAUCCGCCAGGGUUUUGUCGAAUGUUUGGAAAGCGAAGCAGUUACCUUUCCGGAGGACGAUGUUGAAUGUGGCCAGGAACUACAGGAGCAGCACCACGAAACAGGCUCCGUUUGCUUGGAGUUGCAGUGCAAAGAAGCCAUCGUCGAGCUGCUGCAGGAGUGUUUGCCGCAGCAAAGCACCCCAAAUCUGGCACACUAUCUGCUUGGGUUCGACCUUAGCAAAGAACUGCGACUCACCAAUUUGCAGCAACCGGGGGUGCUCAACUUUCCGAGCAACUGCGCCAAGUCGCUUAUUUUGCUGCUGGAUCAAGCCUUGGAGGCCAACAAAUCAGGCCGGCUCAGCUCCCCAGCCCAAGAGCGACUGAUCGAGCACGGCUAUUCCCUUUUGAAUAUGCUCUGCUACAAUUCUCGCACCUCGGAGGUCAUUUUACGUUUCCUUCGGUCCUGUAACGAUUUCCUGUGUCGGCAUGUAAAUGGGCUUCCGUUUGCGAUCAAUGCGCGGACCAUCAGCAGUCCACAUGUACUGAAUCAGAUGACCGGGCUGUUGCGGUGUGUUGCCAUCGAGUUGAAGCUAACAUCGGACAAGAGUCAGGUGUCGCAGUUUGGGAACAUUUGCAAGAUUCUGUUGGGAGUUGUGCAGCAACAUCAACAGCAACAAUCACAGAGGAGUGGACCGAUGCAAACGGAUGAUUUUGGAGGUUCACACCAUUACAGCAUGGCCAACGCUAGUUUGUUGUCUAGCACCACAGCUUUGGACAUUACGGGAGGAGGUGGCACCGGUGGAAAGAAAAUGGGAACGGAAACGGCUAAACUCUUGCUUUGCCAACUGUUGGACAGUUUGGAUUUCGAGAUCAAAUCCUUGGACAAGCCCAAGUGGGAUUAUUUCGAUAACGCCCUGCUGAGUGGCUUGUUACAGGAGUGUGAAGUUGCUGUGAGCGGUUCCGGAACUUUAAAGUUGAUUGACAUCAAGAAGCUGCACGAUGUGUUGAAGGAUGAACUGAAUUCGGUUCAGACGACGAUUGCCGCGGGACAGAGGGCGCACAUUUUGGCCGAAAUCGAAACGGUACUGAUGUAUGCCUUACAAGUUAACAGUCAACGUAAUUUGUGCGCAUCGACGGUGCGUUUCUUGGAAGCCUGGGGUCAGGUGACGGAAGUUUUGUUCAGCGUGACACCGGCAAUGUUCGUAUCGUUGGAUGUGAAGCAAGGAUUGUUGGUGGAAAUUAUUCAGGCCAUUCUGAGUAAGGUGGUACCGAAUCAAAUAAUGCCAGAACUUGCCAAUCUAGCGUCAUCAACAGUGCUCUUGCUGAUGGUGAAUUUGAGACACUGCUACUCGUUGAAAAAUGAUACAAACGCUGGGCAGGUUGAUGGCAAUCAGAGUACGUUCAUGACCUCCUUUGGAACGAGCUUUGGACAGAGCGGCGUAGUUGGGGGAAUGUUUUCACCAAAAACGAACACUUUAAGUUUGCGAUACAUUUUGCAGCACAUCUUGGAGUGGAUUCUGAUAAGUGGAGUCGGUUCUCAAAAAUUGAGAAUCAAUCUGUAUGCCGCUUUGCUGAAUUAUAUGCACAUUGUUAAAGGGAAUCGAGAUAAAAGUGAAAAAGAGCAAGAGUCAGCUAGAGAUGAGUUUUACGUUUCGAGAUUGGACAAAAGUUUGAGCUCCGAAAAGACGCAUGAUGCUGGGGCUGAUGAAUCGCACGCCCAAAUUGAGAUGGUUGUUGAAAUUUUUCAAUCUUUCGGGGAUAAAUUGAUCGAUAUUCUGUGCCACGACUGCACCGGUGGACACGAUAUUUGCAAAAUGUUAUCGCUCUCCUGUAUCGAUAUGCUUUUAGAUAUGGAUUCGAUGAUUAAUGUGAUUCAGUUCAUCUCCAAGAGGGGAUAUCUGACUCAUUUGAUCGAUAGUUUACUGAAAAACGAUGGAAGGUUGUGUCGAAUUUUGGAUAACCAGCCGGAGAAUAUGAAGGCUUUGUACGUCUAUGAAUCUAAAAUGGCCAUGCUCAGUCGGAUUGGAGGAUCCCAUAUUGGAGCCGAAUUGCUGCUGGAAGAAAAAGCCCUCAGCGUUUUGGCAGGAAUGAAAGUGUUCGAUCUUCAUCCCGAUUUCCAGGUGCUUAACUACUCCUCUCAUUAUGCCAGUUCAUCAAGUUUCAUUCCUCCGAUUGAGGCUCGUUAUCAGCAAAUUUUGUUCCCUGCUUUGAAUCUAUGCGACGUCAUCCUCUCAACUCUUGGUCCGGAAAACCACUCGGCCGUCACACAAGUUAUCCAUUUCUUGCUAUCCCAUGGAGAUACCAUCGAAAUAGUACUUAGAGCGGGAACUCCUUUCCUCAACAUUGGACUUUUACAGGAACUAGCCGGAAUAACUAGCCUCAUUGCUCGAGCAGCUAAUCAAGAAAUAUCCAGCCUCAUUACACCUCAUGUCAAUCAAGACCUCGGAGCUCAUCUCUACCGUCUUCAAAAGCUAAUGCUUACACUCUUCCCUCGGUUCACACUGUCCGAGCAAACACUCAAGGAGCUGCACCAGAACGUCCUCAACAACUGCACCGAGAAAGAAAAGUCGGCCCAUCUUAAAUUCUUCCUCCAAAUAGCAGCCAAUCUGGCGCUAUAUGCCCGAAACAGCAUCUCUAAUCAUUCGGUCGAUCAUCGUACCAUAAAUGUACUGUUCUCGCCACAAAUCAGCGAAAAUAUUCACCACCGCCAACAGUUGGAGAGCAGCAAUCGAUCAACAACACUGGAAACCUCCCACAGUCUCAACAUCAUCGUUGUUCAGUUGAAACACUCGGUCGAGUACUACAACCGGGAGAAGCUGUCCUACGAAAGCUUACAGCGCCAGCGGAACUCACUGCCUAGUUUGAGCUUGGAUGCCAAUGUGCAAAUCCAGCACGACAGCCUUACGGAGCGCAUCGCCAGCAAGCAAGAGGAGUUGAAGCGGUGCGUCUUCAUCACCGAAAACUGUUUGUAUCUGCUGUGGGCCCAUUUGGACUUUUUCAUGCUCCGCGCCAUUCCGGUCAACACGCUGCACUUCAACCAUCCCUUCGGGGCGGAAAACUAUCUCUCGUCCCAAACGGAGGUAGGCUGGAAGAUCACUGCCGAAGAUGUGGCCACCCUGAAGAAGACGCUCAUCAGCAUUUUCAACGAAACGUUCUGCAAACAGCUGUUGGCAACGACUACCACCGGUGGCCAGCAGCUGGACGCGAGUCGUCGCUUGUCCGAUAAGGGAUUUAUUGAGGCGCUGUUGCGACGGGUCAAGCGACUGAUUCAGUUCGUGCCGGUGAAGUAGAAAGCUGAAAGAGGUUUGCUGCGGAUUUUGGAACGUAUUAGAAUCAAGAAGUGCGAAAGUUUAGCCCUGACGAAUGGAAUAUGUACGACACCCGUUUAGUUGUGCAUCAUUAUUACUCAUUACUAUUAUUGCUGUAAUGAAACUCUGUUAAUGUGCUGUAUUUAUCGCUAAUAAAUAAUCAUUCAAAAUAGA